AUGUCCUUCUACGUGGACGUCGUUACCGAGGAUUCCUUCUACGAGAACCUGACGCUGGGCGUGGUGAAGUUUCUCGAGAACGUGCCGUACGUGAAAAAUGUACGAGUAGAGAGGCGAAACGGAUGCGAGUUGACGACCAUCGUCAACUGGGAGCAAAGGCAUUGCUGCCUUCUCCCAGAGGAUGUUCGGAACUUCUAUCUCUCGAUCGACGGCUUUCAGCUUCUGUGGAACCUCGAGAUAGCAGGCGAAGAAUUCUCGGUGGGUCGCAUGGAAAUCGGCAGUUUCUCUUCCCUGAAACGUUACAACGGCAAAGAGCCGCAAGCGGAAUCCACGAAACAGGAAGUCGAUCCGGAGAGACCAGAGACGGAACCCGGAAGCGCGACCAGCCUCGAGGACGCGGUUUCUCUUCCGCACGACGACUCGCGUAGCUGCAAGAUGUUCGAGAUCGGCCGAUGUUUCCCGGGUAGUGGAAAGGCCAAGGUUUAUCUGGUGUACCGUACGAAACCGGAACAAGAGCCACCGAGCGUCUGGUUGCAUCGAGAAGACGCGGAUCGAUGGUACCACUUGGCGGGCAAUUUCACCGUGUACUUUCGCAUGAUGAUCGUCCAUCUUGGUCUACCGAUGUGGCAGUGUUGCGUGACUGCUGUUCCACUGCCCACGUGGGUCGAGCAAGUCUACUUCCUCGUUGGUCCACACCUACUGCCUUCUACCGUCGAACCCGUCGAGACCAUUUCCACUUCGAUGUGGAACAACGGACCGAUCAACGUCCUAGAUCCCGCCAUUUUCAAGGGGAGAGAGAAGCAGAAGAUCUCUCGAAAGAAAUGAGCUUUUAUCCUCUAUUGUACUUGAUAUUAAAAUUGGUACCGUUUAAUAUUCUCACUUCGCACGAUACUUUACACGACAGCCAGGUCCAAAAGGACAAAGAUUCUUCGUAGUUGCGUAACCAUCUUCAGAUCCGUCUACGCUUCCGUCAUCCUUUCAUCCCGCGGAGAAUAAUACACGCGCAAUCAUCACCGAAAUUACGAGACGGAUCCCACGAUCGACUUUAUUUUAAGAUCGCUAGAGGAGGAGGAUAAAUGCAUUCUGCUUCGUUUGUUGCUCGAUUUAAAAGAAACACGCAGACGAAAGCAACGUUUUUUUAUAAUACUUUUCACCGUGGACGAUCGUCUGAAGCGAACCGUUAAUCGAAGAGGGUUGGUUCGCGAUGCGAUCCGAUCGAGAUCGUAAAGGAAACGGAAAAACGAGACGAAAGUUGCGGAAAACAGAAAAAUUCCACCGAGCAAAAUGGGCACGCAAAAACAUCCGCCGAAAACGAAUUGGCAAGACGCCCUCACGGUUGGCAAACGUGACCCGUCCGCGAAACGCAGUCGUUUCGUCGCCAUUCGUGGAAGUCUGCGAACACCCUCUUUCUCUCUUUUCCCAAGUUUCGCGAUUGUUGUUGGCAAAUUCAAAUCUACGCUGGCGUCGACCGUCCACAUGUUUCUUUUCCUUUUUUUUCCUCUCGUCUAAUACGUACUCGAUUCGCCUUACGAGGCUCCUUUACGUUUGUUUUAUAUUUCAGUACGGAUUUCCUAGCGAACUUCCAAAUCGGUAGAAAUAUACGAUAAUUCUUGUUGUUCGCGAAGACAUAAUUUCGCUGGCACUCGCGAGAGCUGCGGGGCUUUUUCUCUCCUUCUUCGAGCAUCGGCGACACCAACAUUGCUCUAGUUUGGGAAAUAUUUGCGCAUUAUCCAUCGAAAUGUUUGGCCAUUUUAAUUAAUUACCGAGGAAGUGAUUUAAAUUCAAAAAUUUCAAUUGCGUAACAAUUGCUGUUACAAACGAAUUCCGAUUAAUUUUAUUAUUAGCUCGGAUACCUCUCCAAAUGUCUAAACGAGUUCAAUAACUCUUCUUCCGGGCGGAAUAUAAUUUCGUUGCUAUUUUCGGAAGCUCCUUCUUCGUGGGUAUCAACAUUGCCGAGAUAACUCUUGAUUUACAAAACGUUUCCGCGCUAUCCAGCGAAAUGUUUAUUCUGUGGUUCCUCGACUACGGUUACAGGCAUUCAUUUACAUAUUAGAACAUUCCGCAGUUGUGUACUCUACUAAUUCGAGUACUAUUCUUAAGAAGAUUCCAAUUUGUCGAGAUCCAGACAAAUGUUCGUGUCUGGAUAAAACAACCAAAUAUCGAAAUACCAAC